ACUGCCAGUCGUUCAGUAGGUCAGGUCUGGUGAGGAUCGUUAGCAGAUGUGCUCGAGUGUGAUGAAGAAGCUCUUAAAAAUGUACCUUAAAGUCGUCUGUAUCCUGCUCUGCAUCUCUCUAGUAAUAGCAACAGAAAGUGCAGAGUUGCAGACUGAGCCCACAACACAAAUCUCCUCAGAGGAAGACACCGAUGCAAUCGUAUUCUCCAACGCAACCACACUCAUCAUCGACGAUAGCUCACCGAAAAUACUCGAAUCAAGUUUUCUUGAAUCUUUGCCCAACCUUACACACCUUCAACUAAGAGCACGAAUACCGUCCCUCGAUAGCAAUGCAUUUGCAUCGGUGAAAGCACUCACCCACCUCAAUCUGGACCACAACCUGCUCACAUCCAUACCGAAGGAAAGCACUCUCGGCUCUAACCAACCUUGAAACCCUUUCAAUCAGCAACAACCGAUUGGAAGCUCUCGCCAGCGAUGGUGAUGAGUUUUUAAGCCUAGGUCAUCUGCGAAGCUUAUCGCUUGGGGAUAAUUUUAUCAACGUGCUGCAUCCACUCGCAUUCGCUUCCUUGCGGGAGCUGAAGGUGCUUAACAUGAGCUCGAAUCGACUCACCUCGUUCGAUGGAUCAGCACUGCCAGCCGACAGCCAGCUCGAAGUGUUCGAUUUAAGCUACAAUUAUAUCAGCCAGCUUAAUGGGUCCGUUUUCUAUUCGUUGAGCGCCCUGCGAGAGCUUUCCCUCGCCGGUAAUCUAUUCGAAACGCUACCAGCAACCACAUUCGCUGUGCUCCGGCAGCUCGAACGACUCGAUUUAAGUGAUAAUUUUUUCAAAUCCCUCCCAUCAAGACUGUUCACCUCGAACCGGAAGCUGGUGGAGUUGAGCCUGUCGGAGAACCGUCUCGAGCACCUGCCGGUGGACCUGUUCGGUGGAUUGCGGCAUCUUGAGCUUUUAAACUUGCGAAACAAUCGGCUUACCAAACUACCGGCAGAAGCGUUUCGCGAUCAACCACUGUUUACGCAGCUUUGCCUCGAAGGCAAUAGGAUUGUGACGCUUCAUGCGGGCUUUCUCAAAUCCUCCGAUGUGCAGCUCCAAAACAAUCGUAUCGUGGCGUUGGGAAAGUUGUCCACCACCAUCACCACCAACUCCACACCGGUAGAGCGCCUAUACCUUUAUGGUAAUGAGAUUGCAACGAUCGAGCAGAGUGUCUUCGAAGGUUUGCCGAAAUUGGAAACCAUUUACUUGGAUUAUAAUCGUAUCACGGAACUUUCGCCCAUGCUGUUCCACACGAACCAUGCGCUCCAGCACGUGACGCUCUCGCACAACCGGCUGUCGGUGCUAAGGACGAACACCUUCUCCGGCUUGGGGCGGCUCCAUUCGGUCGACCUAUCCCACAACCGGCUGAGCGCCCUCGAGCCUGCCAUUUUCCACCGUUCGCCGGUAGAGUAUUUAAAUCUAAACGGCAACCAGCUGCAAACGCUCGACGAUUGGGCAUUUUCCGGCACGAACCUACUCUACCUGCACCUGGACGCGAACGGGAUCGGUUCGCUGGCACCGCUCGGGACGCUGCUGGACGGAUUGGUAGAAUUAUCAGCCGCCAGCAAUCGUAUCGCCUCGUGGCAGGAGCUUUGUGCACGAAACUUUUCCCGCCUGACAGCCAUCAACUUGGCGAACAAUUCGCUUCCCUCGAUGGUGGAUGGUGGUUGCUUGGAGCGGUUCCUACCACGCAGUUCCCCGGAUCCGGUUACAGUAAGCGUUGCGGCGAACAAACUUUCGGAGGUCCCCGUACUUGCGGGGCCCAUACGUGGGCUCGAUCUGAGCGGCAAUAGCGUGUCGGAUCUUGGUGAUGGGUAUCAAUUCCGGUGGUAUCAACAAACGGAGGCGCUGAUGCUGAGGGACACCCAGCUAAGAACACUUCGAUCGACGAGCUUCACAUUUCUACCGCACCUGACACAGUUGGAGCUUAGUUCGAGUGUUUUGGAGCACAUCGAGGAGGAUGCUUUGCAUCGUGUAAAGUUGCAGCGGUUGGAAAUAAGCAAUUCACCACUGCGAACCUUAUCGACUUUGCUGCUCAAAGGGCAAACCAACCUUUCCCACGUAUCGUUCGCCAACAAUGAGCUCUCCUAUCUGGCACCGAAUUUCUUCACCGAAUGUGCACGGUUGGAAGAGGUUAACCUUUCGCUGAACGUGCUAGAAAUCGUCCACCCUGAUUGGUUCCUCGGGCUAGAAUACCUUCAUUCCGUCAAUCUUGAGGGCAACCGUAUCGCGCAACUUCCGCCAGACCUCUUCUCCACGGAACACUCGCUCCAGCACCUAUCGCUCGCAGGAAAUGCAUUACGCUCCAUCACCGAUGCAGUUUUCCUCGCGGAUGUUCCAAUUAAAGCGCUUAACCUUUCCAACAAUCACCACCUGCAGGACAUCGAUAUUCUCGAACGGAACGAGUUCAUCACCCGGCUCGAUGUUUCCGGCAAUCGGCUGAAAACGAUUGACUGUUCGGCCGAACUAUCGCACGCUGCUAGCUAAUUCCAAUCAAAUCACAUCUCUCGUGCUAGGACCGUGUCGCGGAAUCGAAAUUCGAUCUCGAACACCUUCAGCUGGCGGAUAAUCUGCUGGAACAGCUCGAUCGGCAAAUUUUAGAACUGCGAACGAUUAGGCUGCUUAAUGUAUCAGAAAACCGACUGGACGCGUUCCCGUUCGAGCUGAUACACAGGCUGAAGCAGCUGAGGACGCUAAUUGUGUCGAGAAAUAAUAUACGCACGCUUCCACCGCUGCACGAAGCAGCUCGGUUCAAGCUCGAGACGCUCGAUCUGUCGGAAAAUCCGUUCGAGGAACCGUUGGCGGAAAGCUUCCUGAGCGUGUGUGUCGUUGAAAAUCUAAUCGUUACCGUAACGGAAUGAGCUCGGAUCUCGGGCAGGGCGCUACUAUUUAUAGACACGUGCUGUAAAGGUGUCUAAAUAAAACCUGGAACUCAUAAAUGUC